CCAGAGGAGGGGAGCCAAAGUCCUGGCUGCCCACCUCCCUCGGUUCCCUCAAACCAAACAAGCUAGAAGUGAUCUAGCACCCCAAUUCCAUGUUUGGGUGCGCCCAAGCCCAUUCAAUUCACAAGUACUCGCCCAUUCCUUUCUCUCGACGAAGCCUCUUAGACUGCUUGGGCAGCAGCAGCUCCUCAUGCACACCCCUCCUUCGAUGUAGGCUUGGAAUAUUUCUCCCCUCCCCUCCCCUGAAAUCUAUCUACGCAAUGAUCCAUGACUCCAUCAACCCAUCUCUGAUCCUGCUCAACUCCAAAUCCCAACAGCAUUCCCUUCCAUUGCCCGCUUCUCUCUCCCUCUCCCACUCCCUCUCCCUCUCUCUCUCUCCGCCAUGCCAUUUAGCUUUUUGUUUUUGGCUGCUAGCAUGCACUGGUCUUUUCUGACCGUAUAAGAGCUGGUUUUAUAACGCUUUUUUCCAUUCCAUGACGAACGUGCUCUUCUCUUUCAGAGCUCUCACACUUUCCAUGUAGUCUCUCUCUCUCUCUCUCUCUCUCUCUCUCUCUCUCUCUCUCUCUCUCUCUCCCUCUCCAUACCAAUCUUUUUGCUUGCUAGCACUGGCUUCCUGACCAUUUCUAUAAUUCCAUAACCAUCUCUUUCACAACUCACUCUCUUACAACCCCAUCUCUCCCCUUUCCAUGUAGCUCUCUCUUUCUGAAGAAAGCAUAGUUCACACCAUUAUGUCUGAUUCAAAGAAGUCCACUGCCAAAUGUUUCUCCUUCAUUCUGCGUCGGCUGCUGUGCACGGGAAGCCUCCCAACGCACCCGUCCGAUCAGAUCGCAGAGCAUAUACCAAUCGAGCUCCUCUCUGACAAGCAUUCAUUGCUGGAAGCAGAGCUCAAAAAUGGCGAUAACAGUAACAACUGUAAGGUUGAAGCUCCAGCUUCCCCUGGAAUAGUGGCAAGGCUGAUGGGUCUGGAUUCAUUGCCGGAUAUCAGAUGGGAUCCGAAGGGCAACUCUCCAGACUCACUGGGUCGAAGCCGGUCCAUGAACUCGCUCGAGUACCUGCUCCAAUUCGAGCGGGUUAACUCGUCCAGUCGCCGGUUCCGAACGUCGGUGUCGUUCCGGGAAAUUCCGACGUUCUUGCACAAUGAGCAGAAUCGGGACUUCUUCGUCCUCCGCUUGGAGAAGAAUGCAGGUGAAAACGCGGAGGUGGUGUCGAAACAGAGGAAAUCUGAGAUGGGCUCUGUGGAACUGAAACAGAGGAAAGCAGGGAGAGGCAAGAAGGGCGUUAGCAUAAGAGAGAAAAUGACUGCGAUGGAGAAUGAAGACAACAGGAAGAAGAAAGUUUGCAAGGUUGGGGCGAAGGGUCUUUCUAGCAAACCAUUUUGCUCGAAGGCUGGUAAUUGCCAUGGAGAUAAGGGUUUAAGAAUUAAUGGCUUCCCUCCUCCUAACAAAGAUGUGUUGAGGAAACAGGGGGCAAUUCCGAAGGCGAAACAUCCGCCAAAGCCAGCGUGUCAGAAUGAGUUAUCAGUGAAGUCCAAAUUCGAGAAGAAGAAAAAAGCAGAGCGUUUGGGCCCUGUAUUUGUUCUCGAUCUCCAUGAUGUUUCAACUCCUUCUCAUGAAUGUUCUUCACCAGAGGCUUCAAGGCGAAUGAGAUCGAAUUUGAAGAAGAAAUCGUCACCGAAAGUUGCCAAGUCCGAUUACCCAUCUCCAAAUCUUAUUCGUACAUCAAACAUCGAUCUUGCUCAUGAACAAAGAUCGCCCAAGAACAGAGGCAACGAGCAACCGAAGAACAACUACGAACAGAGCCUGGACACCUUGUACUGCGCAGAGCUGUUGAGUAAGAUUUGCUGGUUGACAGAAGAAGAUCUGAUAAAUUCUGAGUGGGUAGCUAAGGAAAUGAACAGGUAUGAAGAGUUAGAAGACACAUGUAAGGAAUUUGGGCAGCAGAUCCUUCAACAGCUGUUGCACGAGGCGGUGGAUGAACUUUUGGAACUUCCUCCCAUGGAGAAUCUGCUCUCCAAUAGUUGAAGGAAUAAAAAAAUGCUUGUAAAAGUCUGAUUAAGAAAGUGCAAAUUUUUUUUUUCUGCAAACGAGAUCUGAGAGUGUUUGGUGAAAAUGUGAAUGGAAACUCUGGGUGUGAAAGGGAAAGGGAAAGUGUUUUCCUUGCGGACCUAGAUUACCAGGAGGCAGAGCAGUGGUGACAGUUUUGUCAGUGAAUAGAACCUAGAAACAGAAGAGGUCUAAGGUAGUACCUGGAUGACUUCCCGCUGAACUCAAUUCUGUCAUUAUUUGUUUAUUUACUUUUGGCGUGAAGCAUGCUCUGGUAACAUAAAAACAUGUAUGAAUAUUAAUUUAAUCUAUUGAAUGGAAAAAGGUCAGUAAAGAAUUAAAGGAGCAAAA